AUGUCCUUUUCACACUACGUUCUAAUUGCAUUAUUAGUUUUCGGGAUGUUUUUGUCGCUGCAUUGCUACGAAUGGAUCAAAGUGAGCGAUUUCGAUGAGUUUCCGAGCAAUGCUUUCGUGGGAGGCAAAGAAGGAAUAAACGAUUUGUAUGUGUCUAGAGUGUAUUUCAAUUUCGGCGUACGCGAUGGGGUUUUCCCCGGAAAAUUGCAGAAUAGGAAAUGUUACAUCAGCUUCUACGGUAACGAGUAUUCGUCCAAUUACGGUUGCGAGAUAUUGGUGGAUUUUAAAGGAAAGUGGGUUAAUAUAGUGGAAAAUCAAACGGAUGUUCCGGAACAUGCAGUUGUAGGCGGACACGAUGAAGAAAACGAUAAAAUAUACAUCGGUAGAGCUAAAAUUAAUAACGAUGUGGUUAUAGGGAAAGUGCAAGAAUUGUAUAUAUUUUUAAAGUUUGUAGAUUAUGCUAAAAAUAUCGCUCUGUAUGUUCCUUACAAAGGUAGAGAACACACAUUGUACAGUAACUUUGAAAUAUUAGUCUACAGCGAAUUGUAA